AAGCUAUUCCAAAUGAUCUUCAUGUUGGGAAUUGGUGGAUGCUUCACAAUUGGUUUUCAGAUUUCUAUGAUCAACUAUCCUUCUGUGGGAUUCUCAACCAUGAUGUCACACCCUGGGGUGCUGCCAGAUCAUUUGAAGUGUACUGGGACCUGUGAGGAGAUAAGCAGAUAAGCUAAGAAGAUAAAUGCAAGCUCAGACUUGCCCCUGCCUGGCCAAUUCCUCACACUUACUGCCUGGUCCUCUGCACAGAGAUACGUAUUGUAAUACAUAAAUUAGUUUUUUAAAUUGGGUGCCACUCAAUUCACAGAAGUAAAAGAGGAUGCCUUGAGUCGAAUGAGAGAUGCCUCAAGUCCAAAAAGACAGAACUAUUUCUCUAAUCCCUCUACACAUGAGUUCCUCUUCCUUUAAGAAUGCUGCAUAACAAUACGUGGUGUAUACAUAUCCUCCUUCCAGCAGGAUUAACAUCUCAUAUUUUGCAGAGCACUCCUGUCAGAUAUGCCCCAGGGCACACUGUUCAUUUGUUCAGUAUGCUCAGUAAGUGUAUUUGUGGCAAACUUGGGGUCCCCAACUAGCCACAGUGCUAGUCUUCCUACCUGCCUUUGGGCACGCCACCCACCUGUCUCUCCUGCCACACCUUGUUGUUAAUUAAUUACAUUUUAAUUAAGGCAGGAGGCUGUCCAUUCUCGCCCUAAUGCCAGGGGGCACUAUCUGUGGCUCCAUUCCUCCCCUGCACCACAGCCCAAGUCUCACAGAUGGUAUCCAGAUGAUAAUGCUCCUGGCCUACAGCCAGGCCAAGCUUAGGCCUCAUUGUCAGGCCUCAGACAGACACACAUUCAUACUGCCCUCCUCUCACUAGGGCCUCUCACACUCCACCCUCCCUCACAGGGUCUCUUUCACAUGUUGACAACUUGUACUGCCUUGCUCCCUCUUGGAGGGGGCCCCUUCAGCCAUAAGCUUUAGCUAGCUCAUACCUUGGGUGGCAGACGUACUAACUUUUGGGCCUCUCCCACAACCCUCACCGGGGUAGUGGCCAGCCAAUUACUCAAUGGGGUCUAAGCUUGCCCUGGCCCCUCCCAGAGCAACUCUAUACAUUUGGACAUGCUGUCUAGUUUCCCCAUCACUGGGGUUCCACACCUGCUUCCUUGCCAGGGCCCCUCCUCUCUGCCCCCCCUCACUGGGGCAUUCUUAACCCACACCACGACUGGUGCUCCAGGGUCUCAUGGGGACUCUCAUUCCUCCCCGGAGCAGCAGGUCAUUGUGCUCGACUACAGGUCUUACUUUUGACCCACACUCAGCCUCCCAGCAGUGGAGGACUUCCCAGGGUCAGGACUCUCCCCUGUCUUUCUGACUGAGCCCCCUUAUUCAGCCUCCAGCCCAAACUACAGUCUCAGGUGUCCAAAGACAUACCUUGGCCUACUCCCCUCAUAUGGUUCCUCCUCAUUUCUGCCCCCUCACUGGGGCUCCACACCACACCCCUCACUGGGGCCACCCCCUCACUGGGGCUCCAUAUCUCACACCACCCCCCUCACUGGGGCCAUGGGGCUUCCCUCCCCAGUGGGCUCACGUGGCUGUAGCCAUGCCUGGCCCCAACUACUUCUCCUUGGGCUCUUGCACCCCACAGGGCUCAGGUGGCUGCAGCCAUGCCUGGCCCCAACUACCUCUGAUAUUAAAUGACCCCCCCAAAGGUGAGGGCUGGGGUUAAAGUGCCCCUACCCACCUUUCACCAGGGUGGUAACUGGCCUGGCAUUUCCUGGGGGCUCCUGCGCCACUGACAGCCCCACCAAGCCACCCACUCCUGGCAGGGUGCAGUUUUAGGUCAUGCCCAGGAGCCUCCAAACAAUCUUUUACAGCUCCUGCCCUUACCUCCAGGAUGUUCCAUGGAGCCUUGCAGCCAGGCAAUGUUACUGCCUGGCCUGCCAGCAGUGACCUGCUGUGUUUAUACAGGCGGCCAAAGAUCUAAAAAGGCGGCCACAACCAAGCACCUGCUGGCUGCUUGACUCCGCUCAUAAAGUGGCAGGCACCAACAAUGCCCUGCUACAGUAUUAAACUAAGCAGCCCCCUGGGCCAAACAGCAAAGAGACCUUGAGGGCAUCAUCAUAACCGUUUUGAAAAAAUAAGGAAAUCCAAGAAGGACAUUAUACUGGAUAAGGCUUUGGUUUAGUAUUAAAAGGGAGACCACAUCAAAGUUCAAAUUUAGAGAAAAAAUAAAUUAAUACAAAUGAUGACAAUACUUGAAUACUUUAGGAUUCUGGGUGCUGGGAUAGAGAUUUCUUAAUAACAGUCAUUGCAGUCUAUAUUGUCCCUUCCAAUGUAGAGGGGAAGGAAGGGACAUACAAAUGUCACGUGAAUAUAUGUAUAUACAUGGUGAUCAUUUAUCAGUGUUUUUAAUUUUGGGAAUUUAUUUACAGAAAUAAAUGUCAGUGUGAGGGUGUAUUUUCAUUAAUUUUAUACUGCAUAUGGAUUUUCCAAGGAUUAAGAUUACAGUAUGUCCAUUCAUUAGCCUUUUACCUCAAUUUAAACACUGCUCAAAUCAAAAAUGUCUCAUCCAUUACUAUCUGACAGGUUUGGCAAUAUAAGAGAAUUUAAGACUAAUAUAUCAAGCACAUAUUCAGCUGUAUGGGCAACACUUUACAGAAAAAGUGUAUGUUAUAUCUGGCUCAAGUCAGCACUGCAAUAUUAGCCUGAGUUUUGGAGGUAAUACAUUCUUUCAUUCUUUUUAGGAAAAACAAAAAGUAUUUCUUGCAAUAUCACUUAUUAAUUCUAAUAUAGAUGUACAAUACCUUGACUUUCUGUAGGCUUGUACAACAUUCCAGUGUACAAAGUUUUAAGAGAAUUGCAAAGAAGAUAUUAUAGGACACAAGGAGCAGAAAUUGCAAGAAAACUUUGGUGCCAGCCAGUGGGGACCUUUUUUUGCUAAACAGCUAUUCACUAACAGAUCACUCAUUUGUAACAUAUCUUAUAAAGUAAUUAGCAACAGCUGAGAAAUUUUAAAAACCUAUUAAUUAAAUGAAGAAUUACUGUGAGCAAUGCACUGUCCUCCUGAUUAUUGAUGACAUCCUCUUUUUCUUACCAGCAUGUUAAGAGAUUUAUCAAUGAAACCUGGUUGGAACGAUAUGGCUCUCCUCUCCAUCCGAAGACCCUUAUGUUGCUAUGGUCAUUCAUUGUAUCAAUCUAUGGCAUUGGCGGACUGCUGGGCUGUCUUUGCAGUGGAUACCUAACUACUAAAUAUGGAAAAAAGAAAUGCCUAAUGUGCAACAAUCUACUUAUCAUAGCAACUGCAUUUCUCAUGGGCUUCAGUAAGAUGGCCAAGUCCUUUGAGAUGGUUCUGUCUGGACGCUUCUUCUAUGGCAUCAGUGCAGGCAUCUGUAUGACUAUACACCCUCAGUAUGCAGGAGAAGUUUCCCCCAAGAAACUGCGAGGAUUUGCAAACUCUUCUGCUGGUUUCUUUUGGUCGCUAGGAAAAGUCUUAGGGCAAAUUAUGGGACUAAGUGAAUUUCUAGGAACUGAAUCCUUGUGGCCAUUGCUGAUGGCUUUCAUUGGAAUUGCAGCACUGAUCCAGCUGGUCACUCUGCCGUUCUUUCCUGAAUCUCCACCCUACCUGUUAAUUCAAAAGGAUGAUGAGGAAGGCUGCUUGAAGGCCAUGGAUAAACUGUGGGGUGAGAUGGACCAUCAAGCAGAACUCAAUGAUAUGAAGGAAGAAAAGGCUGCAACUAAAAGCAUCAAAUCCAUGAGCAUCCUGCAAGUCAUGAAAGACCCAUCCUUGCGCUGGCAGUUGUACAUUUUGGUUACUGUUAUCAUAGUGAUGCAGCUUUGUGGCAUCAAUGCAGUCUACUUCUACACAUUUGAGGUGCUGUGCACAGCUGGGUUUGAAGAAGGCCGUAUCCCAUAUAUAUCACUGGGUGUUGGACUCUGUGAACUCUUCUCCACUAUACUCUGUACCAUUACCAUUGAGCGGUUUGGCAGGAAGACACUCCUGUGGAAAGGCUAUGCAAUGAUGGCUUUAGUGCUGGUUCUUCUCACAAUAACUCUCUCCCUGCAGAAUAAAUAUAACUGGAUGUCCUUUUGCAGCGUCAUUCUGAUCUUCCUAUUUGUUUUCUUCUUUGGAAUUGGACCAUGUGGAGCCACCAUGUCCAUCAUGGUUGAAAUAUUCAACCAGUCAUCUCGAUCCUCAGCCUUUGUGAUUGGAGGGUGCCUCAACUGGGUGGGGCUUUUUGUGAUUGGAAUGAUUUUCCCAUUCAUCGUUGAAAGCCUUGGUCCCUUCUGCUUCCUCAUAUUCAUGGGAGUUCUUGUCGGUUCAGGGAUCUUCAUCUACCUCUUCCUUCCAGAGACAAAAGGGAAGUCAGUCACAGAAAUAACAGAGGAAUUCACCAAGUUAUAUUCUGGGAAAAAACUUUCUUCUAUUGUGAGAAGGAACUUCCUUGAGGAACACAUGUCCUACACCAGCUUUUGAUGGCCAAUGAAAAGACCUUUUACUAUUUAAAAUUGAAGAUGUUGAUUCUUACAGACCGAAAAACAAAACAAAACUACGCUAUUAAUUUGCGUUAUCGCCUUGUUUUUUCUUCAUACACAUAGACAACGUCUUUGUGUGUAAUGCUCAUCCCUAUGAAGCUCCAAAAUAUGAUGAUGUCAAAUUUAACAUGCUGUGAUAAAUAGGUAGACUCAUAGAAGUUUAGGGCUGGAAGGGACCUUGUGAGAUCGAGUGCAGCCCCCCUGCUCUGGGCAAGAAAGACUGCUCGUGUCAAAUAACCCCGACAAGGUAGGUGUCCAGUCUCCUUCUGAAGAUCUCCAGAGUAGGGGCCUGCACCCUCCCCCCUCUCCCCCCCCCCCCCCGAAACUAUUCCAGAGUCUGGUCACAUGAACCGUGAAGAAGUCACUUUACAAGUCUUUUUUUUUGCAAAAACAUUUUCAUUAGUCAAGAUUCACAUAGGUCUUCUACUCUGAAGUUCACUUUGAGCUUCAGGUUAGAACUAAUUCAAAAAUCUCAAAUCAAGCUCAAGCAGAAAUCAGUGAGUUUCUCAGUAUAACAAUUUCAAAUGACUUCACUAAAAAAUUCACAACCUGCAUUAUGUUUUCUCAAAAAAGAGACCAAGUUUCUGAGCUUUAAAUCAUUGGACAAAGAUAGUCUGUCAAAUCUGCAACAUCAUUCAGAAAGGCAAGCUUCAUGUGUUUUCUCAUUUAACUGCAAGCAUUUCACAUAAUUUUAUAUAUUUGUGUGUGUGUAUGUUUCAACGUUUUGUUUUAAUGAUACUUAAAACAUAUAACUAUGCUAUUGGA